AACAGCUCUAGGCUUUUCACCUGUUUUCACCGCCCUCCCUACAGAAAAAGGGAGAGCUGGAGGGAUGGUCCACACUGGCCGCGUUCUGCCUCGGCCAAGGGCCUUGUCAAAUACCUACUUGGAGCAAGAUAGAGAUUUGGUUUCCCGGCCAGCCAGCAAGGGAAGCGCCUUGAAUAGUCCAGUGUCCAAGCAAGUGUGCAGGUGCGGCACCACGGUGCUCUUCCCCGCGCAGGUGAAUAGUCGCACCUGCUGGAACUGCGGCACACAGCUCCAAUUGGAGAGUCCCUGCCAAGGGGAAAAGCGAUGCGGACUUCCGCCGUCUCCGGCGCCCUCCACAAGUUCCACGGCUUCCACGGUGCAACGUCCCGCAGGGCUCCCAAAGGAGGCGGAUUCAGACAGGAUGGACGGAAAUCCCGGAAAGGUGGCAGUCACAAUGACUGUGCCCGGUCGGUCAGGGGCUGCCUUGUACUUUGUAGCAGGCUUGCUCAUAGCCUCCCUGGUUGUGAACGCUGCACUUUACAGCGAAACCCAUGGAAUGGCUGUGCGUGAGCAGGCAGCUGUCGAGCAAAUGAGGAGUGCAAACUUGCAAGAUGCCCGUGACACUGAUGGUGACGGAGUGCCAGACCAGGAUGAUUUUUGCCCUGGGAAGCGUCCAAAGCCUGGUGAGCGCGCAGUUUGGAUCUCGGGACGGGCCUCCGACUUCGACGGUGACGGGUGCGAGGACGGUGUGGAGGACCAGGAUAGAGACAAUGAUGGAAUUGAAGACAAAGUCGAUAGGUGUCCCUUCUCACCCAAGCAGUACAACUUCGUGUCCGAUUCCGUCAAUGACUUUGAUGGUGACGGCUGCAAAGACGGCGUAGAGGACCAGGAUGACGAUGGCGACGGUGUUCCGAACGACGAAGAUGCUUGCAAGAGGACUCGUCCUGGUGAGUCUUCAGACAUAAGCGGAUGCUCCAAGGAGCAGCACAGGGACUUGGAGUUGGCUCGAGAGCAGGCCGAACAGUCACCACCGUCAGCACCAUCGGUGCCUUCUGUGAUCUCUGAGUGGGUGGGUGUGCUCAGGAGUGCUUGGCUGGAGGUGCUUUUGGGUGCUUUGAUCACACCCAUUCUCACCACCGCGAAGGAGCUGUUGGAAUGGUUGAGGGGGAGGAUGGCAGCAGCGGCAUCGCCUCCUUCAAAGGAAAAGGCUUCGACGAAAGGCAGAGCGCUGCAGCGUCUUGGGAGCAAGCAAUGGUGCUUGCAACAAGCGAUUUGUCUUGCCUCCAACCUACUAGCGAUGUUGAUUCUUUUUCGUCCAACACAGUCUGAUUAACUCCUGCCGUGUGACGCGAGCAAUCUGCCGAACACCACUGUGGAACUACAGCAAGCUGGAGCCCCUAGUAGCGUCCUUGCACCUAGUAGCGAUGCCAGACUGCGCACUCGAUCGGGUCCUCUCAGGUCACUGCUACUUCGUGCGUUGCUUUACAUCCUCUUUUUCUGUGGCGUCUACGCUUGGCGGAGCUUCGGUGGCGCCCUUGUAGCAUAGAGAGGUUUGCGGUUCUCGGACUGAGACAGCUGAGACUUUGGACUGAGAAGCUCGGCGAAGAAGGAGAAGAGAUACAUGAAAGGAAGAACAUAGUUCGCACUUUGAUGCAGCUCCAGCAGGAGGGAAGGUUUGUUUUGAUGCCUCACCAGAGAGACACCUUCAUCGCUGAGAUAACAGAUGUUUGAUUGCUUCAGGGUGGAUGAUAACUGCCUCUCGAAGUGGAGAAUGCCUUGUCUCAUGCACAACCUAAUUGCAAUGGCC